UGUUGCACAAUGAUGAUAUGACCUCGUCGUUGUCGUUCACCAAAAAAACUGCACUCUGAAGAAGUAAAAGUAGGUGGUAGAGGCUGCAAGACUCUUGCUAUCUUGAUCAUCGAAUAUCACCUUUACUAUACGUACCAUUUAAAACAAACUCCUUUCAUGAUGCGUCAGCUAAUUGCAGUUCUUUCUUUUGCUUUACUAGCUUGUGGAGCGAUGGCUGGGUCAUGGGAGGUGAUGACAGACAACAAAGCUUGCAUUUUGCUUGAAAUGAACCUUACUUUUGCUGUUCAGUAUACUACAAAUAAAGAAUCAGUGAAGGAAGCCACAUUUGAUUUAUCCAGUAAUGCAACCGUUGAUGAUAGUAGCAAGUGUGGUAAAGACGUCGCUAAUAUUAAGCUUAACUUCCUCACUGACUACUCAAUAAUGUUUGAGUUUCAAUCCAAAGAGCAAAGUUAUAACCUACAGUCCGUAGCAUUUGAUUAUGUACUAGAUGAAGAGAAUUUCCCUAAUGCCAAUAUUCCAAAUCAAGGAAUUAGUCUAAAAGGUGACAUCAUACAAUUUACCACUCCGAUUGGCUAUUCCUAUAGAUGUAACGCGGUGGUAAAUGACAAAAGCAUUGAAGGUCUUAUGUUGACCUUCAGUGAUGUCAAACUGCAGCCCUUUGGAGUUGCUGAUGGAAAGUUUAGCAAAGAAAACGUCUGUGAUGCUGAUAAAGGCAGAACCACAGUCCCCACAACCAUAGUUCCCAUGACAACUCCCAAUGUUACAGUUAAUAUGACCACAGUUCCCAUGACGACAGCCGCCAGUACUACAGUCAAUAUGACAACAGCCUCCAAUACUACAGGCAACACAACAGAAAUUAUGACUACAAUGAUCAACGACAGUACAACUGUUGAGCCAACAACCGUACCAUCAACAACUAAAUCACCACCAACUGUUGGUAACUGGACUGUAAAAGAUGGUAACAAAACAUGCAUGAAUAUGGCAUUCAAAGCCAAUUUCAGCAUCCUCAUCACUGAUAAAAAUAACAAGACUGUUUUUCACAAUGGCACUUUGCCUCCCAAUGCGGAUCCUAGCCGGUCGAUGUGCAAUGAAAGUUCUUCAACAUUUAGGCUGCUGUAUAACAAUUCAAUUGUAAUUGCAAUGGAGAUGGUAUUUGAGAAGACGACAGACAAAAACUACGGGAAAUCAAAAUUAAAUGCUUUUGAAAUGAAUGAAUUCUACCUGUAUUAUAUUCUGGAUGGAAAUGUUGAAGAUGCCUCUACAAAUCACACCUAUUUCCACACCCAUGUGAACAAGACUUACCAGUGUAAUGCCAACCAAGUUGUAAAAGCGGGAAAUGCGAAUGUGACAUUUUCAGAAGUCAAACUCCAACCUUUUGCAGAUGGUGCCAAUUAUCCUGGCGAGGUGGAUGAUUGCAAGGCAGAUGACAGUUCAAGUAACAUUGUACCAAUUGCCGUUGGGUGCGCUCUCGCCGGACUUGUCAUCAUUGUGCUUAUUGCAUACUUGAUUGGCCGUAAAAGGACGAAGAAUGUUGGGUACCAGACGGUGUAAGGUGUAAAGGAUGAAGAUGCGUUGAUUUCUGAACUCAUCUAAUUUUAGAAGUGAAUUAGAUCUGUAGAUUAUUGAAAACCUAAAUUUCAAAAUCCUCUGUUCUGUUGCAUUGUUAAAAUUUAAAUAUAUUUUUUUUUAUACCGUUGCUUAGGUUUACUACAAUCAAUGUCAAAAAUACUCCUCUAAAUUUUUUAAUUAAUCACACUGAUGCAUGUAAAUCCUCUGGUGAAGCAAGUGUCAAUCAUUAGGUUACACCCUAAAGCCAGUGUCACACAUCAACCAAUCAAUGAAUGGGCCUCACAACAUUUAGAUUUAUGAUUGUACUACAAGAGGCUAGUGAAAUUUAAAUAGAUGUUUGCUGCGGAGUAUUUGUAAAUGGUGAUUUUUUUUUAUUAAGACGUACAUACAAAUUGGCAUUAGUUGUAAAUUCUCCCACUGUUGUAUAAUUCAUAAUUGUUGUGUAAUUGUCGUUUUAAAUUUCUGUAUGUGCAUUUAAUGCAAUAAGAAGGAUAUUUAGUGAUAUUCUAAACUUCAUUAGAAUAUUGAAUAUUCAUGCGAUUAUGCUAAACAAUAAUCACAUAUAUGUUCAGGUAUUUUGCUGAAUUAGAUUUAUUAAUUUUUUGAAAUGCCAAAUUUGACUUGUAAUUACUUAAAUUUUAUAAUGUUAAUUUGGGAAGGUUAUAUACAGGAUAUAUAUAAAUAUGUUUGUAAGGAACUAAUUACACAGAUCAAAAUGUAUUUUUUUUUUUACGAAGUGGGACUUAUUUCAAAUAUUUGAUGUUUGUAUGGAUUGUUAACACUUACAAUGUAUCUACCGCCAACCCUAAAUUUUUGUAAAAACCUGUCUGUUCAACACCCGACUCCAUACCCUUAUAAUGCCUUCAUUUCUGCCCUAAGAGGGCGCUGUUGUAGUUUAUUAUUCUACAUGAAGUAAAUGCAGCAAGAACAUUGAAUUGUACACUCCAGAAUAUCUGUUUUUUUUAACAUUCAGAGCACUGAGGACAGCAGAUUUUUUUUUUUUUUUUAAAGAAAAUUGCUUUUCAAGCAGAUGGCUGGCCAGACGCUAUGGUUAUGUCAACCUUGCAACUCAACUCAGCCGACAUCCGCUGACCUUUGGCGUCUUGCCAUGGCCAGCAACUGAGAGUUGCACUAUUGAUCGGUUUGAUUGGAGACAAGUCGCAAUUGGAACAUAAGCAAAGCUUAAUGUACAAUUAAAGAUGUCAGUACAGCUAAGCAUUACCUCUGUCACAUGACACUUCCCGCGUCAAUCAUGGUGUGAAGAUGCUCUCCUGCACUUCUCCGCCGCCUUUUUGUGAAACUGCUUUACACUAUCAGACAACGUCAGUAAACGUGUGUGAUUUAGUGUUCUUUGAGAGCAUUAAUUACAAGAAUACACAGCACUACAGCAAUCCAAACCAACUUGUGUGUCACUGUAUGAUUACAAAAUAAAAAGUGAGCAAGAUAUUUUCAAUACAAUUGUUUGUUGUUACAAAGUUAUAACAGUUAAUAGUUUGGUAAUACUAAAAAAAUGUUUGUAUAUGUUUGAAAUUAGGCAUAAGAAAUUAUUGGUUGUGAUCAGUAUAUGCUAAUAAUAUGCUGUUGAAUUUCAUGCAAUGGAUUUAAACGGAUGUUAUAAUUCAGAAAGUGAUGCGAUAUUUUGGAAAGAGAUUUGAUGUGUUGUUUGUACUUAGAUAUUUUGCUCUAGGUUUGCGAAACAAUUUUUGAUCAAAUAUUGUGCAAAUUUCCUCAAUCACUCUGAUAUUUUAAGAUCUUUCAACUUUAUACUACCAAGACGAUUACUAUUCAUGGAAUUUAAGUUAGAGACGCCAACUAAUGUAAAGAUGUAAUUAUGAAGUAACUCUGUAAUUCAGGCGUGGCUGUUGAAGCUUUGUGUACACAUCAGGUAGUGUUACAAUAAAUUACAAAUGCACCACACAAAA